GACCUACUCUUCUUCUUUUUUUCUCCCCGACAAGCCCCUCCCUAGCCGCCGACUUCCUCCUUGAAAAUUGGUGACAAAGCUUAGAUAUUUUCCCCUCUUUCUUGUGCAAGAACAAGUUGUGGGACUUAGAACCCUCCCUCUAAAGCUGGAAACUGCCGAUCUGCUCUGUUCUUCCUUCUCGUCGGCAAGCUAUUGUGGGUGUGAAAUUUUGGGUCUUUUCGAUAAGAAUUAGCCCUAAAACUCCUCUCUUUAACCUUGAUUUAUGUUGGGUUCACCCUAACGUGGUUUGUUCUUCCAAUUUUGGGUUAAUUUCACAAGUUCCCCUGCAGAAUUGCCGCCGGUCUCUUCCCCCUGCCGGGUCCGGUUCUGCAGCUGGAAAAAUUAUGGAAUCUCGUGUUUCAAUUGGGAGGGAACAAUGAGGCUUUGGUUAGGUUCUUGAUCCUUUGUUCACUUUAGCACUUGGAUCGAAUCUUCGGUUUUAUGCGAGUAAGGUUGUGUGACUCGAGAAAUGAAAACCAAAGGGAAUGACCAGGUAGAAGGCUAGCCAUUUGUAAUCGGAUAUAAGUCUUAGAUAUUAUCAUUCUUUUGUAAGAUAGAUUUUUCCUUGAGAUUUUAUGGUAUCAAAAUAGAUUUUGUGGUAUCAAAAUAGAUUUUGUGGAAGAAAAGAAUCCUUACUCGAACUUUCUUCUUCUUUUUUUUUUAUCAGUGAGAAAUUGGGGGAUAGGGGAGUAGGUAUAAUAUUGCUGCAGCAGUGGCAGCUAGAACCCUUUGCAUAGACGCCAAGGGGAUGAUGCACUUCCAACGCAGCCGAAGCCGCAAGGGCUUAAAAGUGAAAGAUAUUAUGAUAAGGAUCGGAGGAUUUUUUUACUUCUUCCCAGCCUUACGCGUUUCUGCACUUUUUCUCCUUCUUCUCACCCGUUGCAGCCCCAAAAAGAAACCCAGCCACCGACGCCUCUUCCUCUUGAGAAACCGAAUCCCAGAUCUGCUUUGCUCUGUUUCUCCCGUUCGUCUGCUGCUCCUGCUUUGUAGGGGCGAAUUGCUCUGGUUUCUGAAUUGCCGCCGGCUUCGUCCCCCCGCCAGGUCCGGUUCUGCUGCUGGAAAAAUUCUGGUGCUGUUAUGGCUUAGAGCACUUGGAUUGAGUCCUCGGUUUUAUGCGAUUUGAGUGGGAGGUUUAUAAACGCUAGCACAUGUCGAUAUGUUACUGAUAGAACCGGUUCGUUUCUGUUAUCCUGCUAGUGGGAUUAUACACUAGUAAAUCGUGUGCCUGUCAAUAGGAGGUUUAUAACACUAGCCAUGACCUAUAGAGGAGACAUUUAUUUCGUUUUCGUACUUGUACUUGUUUUUCGUGAUUAAACUGGUUGGCAUGCU